UCAGGGCUCCCCGGGCUCCUGGGACGGCAGUUGCCCUCCCAAUUCGUGCAAUGGGCUCCGAGGCGGCACGGCUGCUGGAGGCUGCAGACUUCGCGGCUCGCAAGCACGGACAGCAGCGGCGGAAGGACCCCGAAGGGACCCCCUACAUCAACCACCCUAUCGGUGUGGCUCGGAUCCUGACCCAUGAGGCGGGAAUCACUGACAUUGUGGUGUUACAGGCAGCCCUGCUCCAUGACACCGUGGAGGACACGGACACCACCCUGGAUGAGGUGGAGCUGCACUUUGGGGCGCAAGUGCGCCGUCUGGUGGAGGAGGUAACAGAUGACAAGACUCUACCCAAGCUGGAGAGAAAGCGGCUGCAGGUGGAGCAGGCGCCCCACAGCAGCCCAGGGGCUAAACUGGUGAAGCUGGCAGACAAGCUGCACAAUCUGAGGGACCUGAAUCGCUGCACCCCAAAGGGAUGGUCCGAACAGCGAGUCCAGGAAUACUUCGAAUGGGCAGCACAGGUGGUGAAGGGGCUUCAGGGAACAAACCGGCAGCUGGAAGAGGCUCUAAAGCAGCUGCUUAAGGAGCGGGGGCUGACACUCUAAGAUAUUAGAGGCCCAAAACACUUGUUUUUUUUUCACGCGGAAGGUUUCCUGCCAACUAAGCUGAGCCCGGGAUUGUGGGAAUCAGAUGCAGCCCAUUCAUUUCCAAUGCAUUCGCUGCCUGUCUCCCUCGGGUCCGAUUGCUAUUUUGCAUGGUGGAAUCAGGCCCCGCAGGGAUUUGGGCUUAUAUAAACACUAGUUCCUGAGUCAUUAUGGAAAAUAAAGCAUUUGGGGUAAAGAUUUAA